AUGGCGACGGCUUGGGCGACCGGUGUCAAGGCGACCUUUUUGGUCACAAAGAAGAAGGGCAUGUCGGAUGACGACUUUGAACAGCACUACACCAGCGUUCACAUCCCAAUGGUCGUAGAGAUUCUUUCCCGACAUAACGUCAUUCAAUACUCCGUUCAAUUCGUUACGAGCGAGAACAAAGAGACGAUCCGGGCUCAGUUUGGCGGUGCUAUUGAUAGCAUUGACUGUGACGCUGUCGUCACUACAAUCUUCCCAGACAUGGACGCCCUGAAGGCAACUUUCUCAGACCCCGAGCUGCCAGCAAAGCUGCAUCCUGAUGAGAAGAAGUUCACCGAGGACGACCGCCGCAUGGUCAUUGGGAAAGAGUACUUUGGCAUUCGCGAGGGGCAGAGGGUAGUCUGA